AUGAAGCAAUCCAGAUCACAGGCGGAGCUUUCUCAGCAAAGAGGGCUCAAGCGUUCCCCUUCCCAGUCCGUUGAGCUUCCCCCGCCUUCGCCGACAAGGCCUGAUGCCCAGUCAGCUUCCAACAGCGCUGUCAAUGGCACCAAAGGCGCUAGUCGAUCCACGCGCGACCUCUCUGCCUCUCCGUCCAAGCGCAGGCGUGCCACGUUCACCGAUUCUCAACCAGAGACCAAUGGCGCUUCGUCAUCUUCAUCACCACGGCGGAAGCGAACCAGAAGACGUGUUCUUGGUUUGGACGAUGACGAAGAACACGAUGAGGACGAUGACGACGAGCAGCAAGACGCAGAAGAGGACGAAUUGGCCAUUGCAGCUCCAGAGAGCCUUAUCCCCGCUGACACCGAGCCUGCGAGCAGUGCCGAACAGAAUCACCGCAAACGACGCUCAUCCGACAUGUUCCUUCCCGGCUCGAUCCGUCGCAUCGCCCUCUCCAACUUUCUCACCUACGACUCGGUCGAGUUCCGCGUCGGUCCGUACCUCAACCUCAUCUGCGGUCCCAACGGUACCGGCAAGAGCAGUAUCGCAUGCGCCAUCGCUCUCGGUUUGGGUGGCCAUCCCAGUUUACUGGGUCGUGCUUCCCACCUUGGAUCUUUUGUCAAGCGCGGCGAGACCGACGCCUGGAUCGAGAUCGAGCUCCAAGCAUCGCCUGGCUCAUCGAACCCGGUCAUCCGACGCACCCUCACUACUUCCAGCAACAAGAGCGACUGGUAUGUCGACGGCUGUUCCACCACCAAGACCGACGUGCUCGCCAUGGUCUCCGAGUACAACAUCGAUGUUGGCAACUUGUGCUCUUUCCUACCCCAAGAUAAGGUGCACGAGUUCGCCAAAAUGACCGAUGCAAAGCGACUCGUCGAGACCGAAAAGGCCGUCGGUGGCGCCCGUCUUAUCCGCUGGCACGAGAGACUCAACGAGCAUGGCAAGGCAGCGGCCGAGAUUGUAACCAAGCUCAGGACCAAGCAGGAGGAAAAGGCGCAUCUCGAGCAGCGUAACCAGGCACUCCAAGUCGACGUGGAGCGGUUCGAAGAGCGACAGGAGAUCGAGCAAAACAUCGAAAGGCUCGAAGUCAUGAUUGCCAUGGCCGACUACAACAGAACAAAACGCAACGUGACCGAUUUGCUUGAGGAGCGCGAGAGGAGGCGGCAGGGCCUGUCCGACGCUAUCAAGCGAAGCGAGCCGGUCAAGCAGAGGCGCAAGGACCUCGAAGACAAGACGGCGAAGCUCAAAAUCGAGCUUCAGCGCCUCGAAAGCGUCUACACCGGCGACGAGAAGAAGCGUCGCCAGCUCGUCACCAACGUCGAAGAGAUCGGUCGCGAGAUCGAGGCUAAACUGACCGAGGUGGGCACGCUGACGCGAAAAGAUCAGGACCGCGCACGUCGAGUCCAGGAGCUGCGCAAGGAGAUAGCCGACCGUUCCGCCCAACUUGGCCCAGAGCCUGGCGUGCAAGACACCGCCGAAAUCGAAUCCCAGAUGCGCAGCAAGAGGGACAAGUUCGGCGAUUGCCAAACGCGACGCGGCGACAUUCAGCGUCAGAUCCAGGACGUUAAUGUCGAGAGCCAGACCAUCGAUAGAGGCCUCAACGCGUACCGCCAGCAGCUCGCCCAGCUCGACGAUGUGCCGCAACAGCGACUCGAAAAGAUCCGUGCCGCCGACGAGGGUGUCUACAAGGCUGUCAUGUGGCUGCGCCAGAAUCAACACCGCUUCCGCAAGCCUGUGCACGAGCCCGUGCUGCUCGAGAUCUCGCUCAAGGAUCAGAGGUACGCUGCCGCCGUCGAGUCGUGCAUCCCAUUCGCAGUGCAAAAGUCAUUUGUCUGUCAGACGCGAGAAGACUACGAUCUGCUCACUCGCGAACUGGUCGACAAGAUGAAGCUGCGCCUCACCGUGGCCGAAGUCGAGGGCAUCACGCUCGAAAACAUGAGGCCCGAUGUGCCGCGAGAGCAGCUGGCAGAGCUCGGGUUUGAAGCCUACAUCAUCGACAUGAUCGAGGGCCCCGAAGAUGUCCUGGUCCAUCUGUGCCGACAAUCGCAUCUGCAUCGGCUUCCAGUGACGCUCGACCCCAACGUGGACGUGGAACGCAUCGAGCAGUCGGGCCGCUUCAGGAGAUUCAUUGCCGGCGGCGAAAAUUUCACGAUCAACGUCUCGCGCUAUGGUAACAACGUGCGCCAGACUGUCUCGCGCCGCAUCGGUCAGCCUCGCAGUCUGGUCAACUCGGUGGAUCGAGAACGGCAACGUUCGCUGACGACGCAGAUCCAGGAGCUUACCGAAAAGAAGAAGGAGUUGGAAGCGAAGACGCUCCAAUUGCUCAAAGAGGGCAAGGGCAUCCAAACCGAGAUGGCGCGCAUCGAGCAGCAAAUCAACGAUCUCAAGGCACAGAAACGCGACUGCGUCGGCGCCCAGCGGCAGUGGGAGCGGGAGAGCGCCAUGAUCGAGGCUCGAAGACGAGAGCUGCGCGACAAGGAGCGUGAGCCGUCGGCGGAAGAGAGACGAGCACGGUUGAUGAAGGAGGUGCGCAAGCUGGCACAGCGCCGCAGUCAGAAGAUGGAGGAUCUGUGCGCGCAGACGGUGCAGAUGAGCAAGGUGGCGGAUCGCAAGCACGUCGCUUCGCUGAGCAAAUGGCAGUGGGAUGCUACUGCGACUGGCCUCGAGAACCAGCUGCGCGACCUGCAAGAGACAGAGCGCGAGCUGGCGGCGACCUUGGAAGAAGCGGUGACAGCGUAUGCGCAUGCGCGUCGCCAGGCGUCCGAGCUGCGAGCGCAGGUGCAGAGGCUCAUCGACGAGUCUGGCUCGCUCCUCGAGGGUGUAGAUGCCAACGACGACGAGUUGCUCGACUUGGAUCGGCUGAAUGCAGAAAUGCGGGCCGAGCAGAGCAAGCUGGAGUUGGCCGAGGGCGUCCGACCCGAGGUGAUCGAUCAGUAUCGCACUCGGCAGCAAGAAAUUGCGCGCAUGACCUCGGAGAUUGCCGACUUGACCGAGCUGCAGGCGCGCACCACGGACAAGAUCAGCACGACGCGCGCCAAGUGGGAGCCUACACUGCGCAAAGUGAUCGGCGAGGUGUCGAAGCAGUUCUCGAAGGCGUUUGACGAUAUGGGUCUAGCGGGCGAGCUGCGCAUCGUCGAGGAUGCUGAUUUCGAAAAGUGGAAGUUGGAGAUCAUGGUCAAGUUCCGCAACGCCGAAGAGCUGGCUCCGCUGUCGGCGCAGCACCAGUCCGGAGGCGAACGCACGCUGAGCACCAUCAUGUACAUCAUGUCGUUGCUGCAGCUGUCGCGCUCGCCGUUUACGCUGGUCGACGAGAUCAACCAGGGCAUGGACCCAACGGCGGAGCGCGUGACGCACAACCACAUUGUGCGCCUCACGUGCCAGCCGCAUGCGAGCCAGUAUUUCCUCAUCACGCCCAAGCUGCUGCCGGACCUGGCGGUGCACGAGCGGCAGAAGGUGCUGCUGGUCAACAACGGCGUGCAUGGCGAGAGGCGGUUCAACUUUUCCAAAGUGCAUGAUGCGAGGAAGAAGAUGUUGGGGUUGCGCGUGGGUGAGAGGCUGGAGGGCGUGCGCAAGGUGAUGCAGGGCGUGGUGAUGGAGGCGAGUAGAAAUGGAACGGGGGGGAGGGCGAGGAGUGCGAGCCGCAGUCGCAGGUAA